CGGACAGCGGGCAUCGGGUCACCAGGCAUCAAGUCAUUUGGCUCGACAGCGAGCACCGCGUCAUCUGGCAAGGCAGUGGGCUCCGAGUCAACUGGCAUGACCGCGGGCACCGGGGCAGACAUUGAAUCGUCUGGCUGGACAGCGGGCAUCGGGUCACCAGGCAUCAGGUCAUUUGGCUUGACCGCGGGCACCGCGUCAUCUGGCAAGGCAGUGGGCUCUGAGUCAACUGGUAUGAUGACCGCGGGCACUGGGUCAGACAUUGGAUCGUCUGACUGGACAGCGGGCAUCGGGUCACCAGGCAUCAAGUCAUUUGGCUCGACAGCGAGCACCGCGUCAUCUGGCAAGGCAGUGGUCUCCGAGUCAACAGGCACGACAGUGGGCACCGGGUCAUCAGGUACCGGAUUGUCUGGCUCGACAGCGGGCAUCGGGUCAUCAGGCAUCAGGUCAUUUGGCUUGCCAGCGGGCACCGCGUCAUCUGGCAAGGCAGUGGGCACCGAGUCACCAGGU